AUGAACUUUAUUACAACACUUAGAAAAUCUCAGCUUAAACCUUCUCGUAUAUUCAACUCCAUCAUCAACUAUAGUUUCAGAGAAAUGGGUUCUAAUAGCAACAAUUUGGAGUUUUUGAAAGAGAUUGGUUUGGGUGCAAAUAACAUCGGUUCUUUCAUCAAUGGUCAGUGGAAAGCCAACGGUCCAACUAUUCAGUCUGUCAACCCUUCCACCAAUCAGGUUAUUGCUUCUGUGACUGAAGCAACUUUGGAUGAUUAUGAAGAGGGGUUGAGAGCUAGCACUGAAGCAGCUAAGACAUGGAGAAAUAUUCCGGCACCGAAAAGAGGUGAGAUUGUAAGACAGAUUGGGGAAGCAUUGAGGGCUAAGUUGGAUCCACUUGGUAGGUUGGUGGCUCUUGAGAUGGGCAAAAUUCUUGCAGAAGGAAUUGGUGAGGUUCAGGAAAUUAUUGAUAUGUGUGAUUAUUCUGUUGGGCUGAGCCGACAACUGAAUGGAUCGAUUAUCCCAUCAGAACGUCCAGAGCAUAUGAUGUUUGAGGUAUGGAACCCUCUAGGAAUUGUUGGUGUAAUCACUGCUUUCAAUUUUCCAUGUGCUGUACUAGGAUGGAAUGCUUGCGUUGCACUAGUCGGUGGUAACACUGUUGUUUGGAAGGGAGCUCCAACUACUCCAUUGGUAACUGUUGCUGUGACAAAGCUAAUUGCUGAAGUUCUCGAGAGAAACAAAUUACCCGGAGCAAUAUUUACUGCUCUCUGUGGAGGUGCUGAUAUUGGUAACGCAAUAUCGAAAGACCCUCGCAUUCCUUUGGUUUCAUUUACUGGAAGCUCACAGGUGGGCGCAAUAGUUCAGCGAACAGUGAGUGAAAGAUUUGGCAAACCCUUACUUGAGUUAAGUGGUAACAAUGCAAUUAUAGUCAUGGAUGAUGCGGAUCUCACACUGGCCGUACGCUCCAUUUUCUUUGCAGCUGUCGGUACUGCUGGCCAGCGUUGUACAACCUGCCGUAGACUGUAUCUGCAUGAGAAUAUAUAUGACAACGUGCUCGAGCAACUUAGCGCACUCUACAAACAAGUCAAAAUUGGGAAUCCUCUGGAGGAAGGAACUCUAAUUGGGCCUCUGCAUACUCGUUCUGCCGUGGAAAAUUUCAGGAAUGGUAUUUCUGCAAUAAAAUCUCAAGGAGGGAAGAUUGUGACAGGGGGAUCUGUAUUACAGUCCUCAGGAAACUUUGUCGAGCCAACAAUUGUUGAGAUUUCUGCAGAUGCUCCUGUAGUUAAAGAAGAACUAUUUGCUCCAGUUCUCUAUGUUGUGAAAUUUAAGACUCUUGAAGAAGCAAUUGCCUUGAACAAUGCCGUACCUCAGGGAUUGAGUAGUUCUAUAUUCACACAAAAGCCUGCUACUAUAUUCAAAUGGAUAGGGCCAAGUGGAAGUGAUUGUGGUAUUGUAAAUGUGAACAUACCAACAAAUGGAGCUGAGAUCGGAGGUGCCUUUGGUGGAGAAAAAUCAACCGGUGGUGGUCGUGAAGCUGGAAGUGACUCGUGGAAGCAAUACAUGCGCCGUUCUACAUGUACCCUCAAUUAUGGAAGUGAAUUGCCAUUAGCACAGGGAAUCAACUUUGGCUCUAGGUUGUAAUUUUGAAGUUUGGUAUGACAUGAGUUCAAAUGGUUUGCAACACUCUCAGAUGCAAUUUUGAAGUUUGGUUGUCAUGAAUUCAAAUGGUUGUUUCAACAAGAUAUGUUGUAGAAGUGGGACCUUGAUGUCUGAGAUGUAAUAAACAAAUGUCCAAUAUAUUGAAUAUUUGUAUUCUUGUUUCCCAAUAAAAAAAUUGAGUUUGAGUUUUAAAAAAAGUGUUUUAGACACUCUUGAAUCUACUUCUAAGAAGCCUACUGUAAUUCAAUAUCAUCCUAAUCUGUUUUUAUUCAAUUA